AUGAAUGAAAUCCAGCCUUCCUGUUGGAAUAGCACACCUGUCUUGUUCAACAAAUCUUGGAGUGGAGGGCAUUACUACCAAGUGAUCAGUGCAGCAGAAACAAUCAUCCUUCCCUCUCUAAUUGGGAUUAUCUGCUCAAUGGGAUUAGUUGGCAAUAUCGUCAUUGUGUUCACCAUAGUAAGGUCUAGAAAAAAAAACAUUCCAGAUAUCUAUAUCUGCAAUCUGGCUGUAGCAGAUUUGGUUCAUAUCAUUGGCAUGCCCUUUCUCAUUCAUCAGUGGGCCCGCGGAGGAGAGUGGGUGUUUGGCAGCCCUCUGUGUACCAUCAUUACAUCCUUAGACACAUGCAACCAGUUUGCAUGCAGCGCUAUUAUGACAGUCAUGAGUUUGGACAGGUACUUGGCUCUUGUCCAACCAUUUCGCCUCACUAGCCUGAGAACAAGAUCAAAGACUAUUCGCGUUAAUUUAUGCCUGUGGGCAGCUUCACUGAUCCUGGUGUUUCCUGUCUGGGUCUACUCAAAAGUAAUCAAAUUCAAAGAUGGCUUGGAGAGUUGUGCUUUCGAUCUAACAUCACCUGAUGAUGUACUUUGGUACACGCUUUAUCUGACUAUCACAACUUUCUUUUUUCCAUUACCACUGAUAUUCAUUUGCUAUAUAUUGAUUUUAUGUUACACGUGGGAGAUGUAUCAGCAAAACAAGAAAGCAGGAUGUUACAAUACCAGUAUCCCAAGACGAAGGGUCAUGAGACUGACCAAGAUGGUGCUGGUCCUGGUCGGUGUAUUUGUUGUAAGUGCUGCUCCAUACCACGUGAUACAGCUCGUGAAUCUUCAGAUUUCUCAGCCAUCACUGACAUUCUAUGUGAGCUAUUACUUCUCCAUCUGCCUCAGCUACGCCAGUAGCGGCAUUAACCCUUUCCUUUACAUACUACUUAGCGGGAACUUUCGGAAGCGUCUGACUCGGUGCACAAAUGUCAAGCUCAAGAUGACAGAACGUGAAGUUAACAACAUUGAAAACACACUGGGGUCAAGCUUUUAA